AUGGAAUCCUGGACAGAUCAAGAACCGCCACGAAAGAGGAUGAGAAAGGGGACUAGAAGUUGCACAGAGUGUCGACGACGCAAGAUUCGGUGCACAUUCCAUCCCAACCGCCCGGCAGUUUGCAAUGAGUGUCGGUCUAGAGGGAUGAAAUGUGUUGAUCAAGAACAUACGGCUAUGACUCCUCCGUUAUCCGGCUACCAGCGGAACUCUCAACAGGGCGAACAACCAUACAGUCUCCGCGAGCGAGUCGCGCACCUAGAAAACCUUGUGGAGGGGUUGACCAAGCGACUAGACCAACAGGACUCUAGCACUCCACCUCGUGAGCGCCAUGUGACAAAUCAAUCGGACAGUAUAAAAUCCCAUCCAAGACCACUGGCUACUGAGUCAGACGAACUAGGCCCAUCCGGAGAACAGAUUUGUAAUGCGCCGGUACUACAACUGUUUGACAAUUAUCUCGUGAGCCGCAAAGAGGACCCGUCGAAUAAUGAUAAAUUUGCCGGUGUUCAGGACAUGUCGCCAAAGGCCGAAACAGUGCGUGCAGAACUCAUGUCUCUCCUUCCUCCUGUGGAGGAUAUGAAUAAGAUAAUCAACGUGUCCUACCAUUGGUUCCUGUGGCACGAUUCUUUCCCAGAGCUGUUCGAUCGACAUGCCGACAGACUCGUUUUUAACGAAAAUUAUCGCGAUACUCUAGCCGCUCCCGCUGAAGUCGCCAAGGCACUCAUGUGUCUGUGUAUCAGUGCGAUCCAUGCCCCAUCUGAAUUUGACUCUAGUACUUUGACCGUGCCAUUUGAACCUCAAAGGUUCUAUGACCAAUGUAUUGAGAUGGUGGAUCGUUUAAUUGUCCGCGAUGACGACUUCGCGGCUACCUUACCCGGUAUAGAAUGUCAGAUGUUGCUCCAAAGGGCCCAUAUGACUGAUGGUAGGCUCCGGAAGGCUUGGCUGGUGAUUCGUCGGGCAAUCGAGUUUGCCCAUUUGGCCGGAAUGCAUCUAUCCACCAAGGUUCCAAGGCCAAGAGAUUCUUUCUAUCAAAGGCGCUUGAAAAUAUGGUGUUCCCUGGCAACAUCAGAUCGAUUGCUGAGUUUGAUUCUUGGUCUGCCUUAUGGUAUCACCGAUGAGUUCUUUUUGCCACAGACGGAGCAGCGUCUCAGUUCAGACAUAUCAGCUCCUGAGGAAUACUUGUUGCGCAUUGGCAUUAUCACGGGACACAUGGUUGACCGCAACCAGGAUCCUUCCAAGAUGACUCUUGCAGCAACAUUGCAAUUGGAUCAAGAGCUGCAGGAUGCUUGGAAAUCUAUGCCAAGUCACUUCCAAGCCCCAGAGCCUUGCCACUAUGAGAAACUGGAACAUUACGUUGAGAGAAUCCCGUUGCAAUUCAUGCUCAAGCUACUGCGUGCUUUUCUCCACCUCCCCUUGAUGUUGCAAUCUCCCCAUGAGCCUCAGUUCCGUCCCUGCCACACGAUCGCCAUUCAAUCAGCAAGAGAAGGACUCGUUCUAUACAAGGUCCUUCGAUCCACCACUAAACCCUAUCUAUGCAAAAUGAUCGAUUUCAUGGCCUUCACGCUAUGUCUUCUUUUGAUAAUCCACCUGCAAGGCUAUUCUGAUGAGUGUCCAGAUCACAGCAAAGAGCAAGACGAACAAGACUGGGAUAUAGUAAUGAAAGUCAUCGAGAUCCUUCGUCAGGCGGCAACAGAGCUAGGAGGCUCAGUUGCUGCUGAGUCCGCAGGCAUCCUCGGAGCUGUCUACAAAACCAAAGAUUGCAAGCAAGAUUGGAGCUGUAUUUCGAGCUGCAAAAUUACAGUGCCCUAUUUUGGUACUAUUACCGUCGGUGCAGGAACAAAGUUCUCCAAGGGCCCUCAAAGCAAGGAGCAUGCAUCAGUAGUACCAGGCACAAUGGGGAUGGAGGCUAGUUGCUCGGAACAAUGUCCUAGCCAGCUCUAUACGCCGCCGAUGUCUGACCUUGAAAGUGCACCAAGUACCAACACUGAUGCCUUGAAUAGUGCUUCACUCGUACCCACGAUGGCGCCUGAAUAUCCAGACGAGUCAUGGCUGUCGAGGGGUGAAACAGCGACAAACUCAUAUCCUGGUUUGGAGUUCAACGCGUUUAGUGGACUGUUCGAUGAUUUUGGGCAGUAUAUGUGGCCAAACCACAGUCUUGACCUUGGACUUGAUCAGGGCUGGAAUUUGAACUGGUCAGAUGGUGUGCCACCACCAUAA